UCUGACGUUUACGUAGUUCUAUGAGACAAUGCAAACCAAAAAUGGCCAGAUCUCCGUUGGUAUUUCAACAACUCUAACGUCAAUAACAAAAUUCGAUCAGUUUGUUUUUGUUGUGAAUAGUGUUUUAUGAGAGAUUUUUCGUUUUAAAGCUUGUUUUCGUCUUCCUACUUAGAUUCGUAAGUGUUAUUAUAACAAGAGGAACAAAACGGACUCGCGAAACUUCCUCCUUCUAAUUCUACCGCUAUACGAGUCGUCCUAGCUCUCCCCCCCACUGUUCCUCUCGGUCGCGCGCGCCCACCCCCACCCUUCAGAGUACCUGCCCGAACCUGCAUAACGUAAACGAGCGACACGCGUCAACUUGACCGUACCUAUGCCCCUGCUCGUCGAGGCGAACGAUGGAUGAAGUCGACAAUCCGAAGGAGAAAGUGAUCAGAGCACCCAACCUCAAGAGGGGCAAGGCGGAGGAGAGGAUUACUGAUAGGGUCGUCCCGCAGAAGAGGAUAUUAUCGGCGGUCAGUCCGGCAAAGCCCUACUACAGGCGCAGCGCAUCGUUGCAAAAGGCGUCGAAGAGCAAACCAGAUCCGUCGGACAAGGUACCCGUUGCGAAGAGAUCUCUCUCUGUUGGUUCUGCGAGUGCGCCUAAAAGUUAUGGCAAAAGAGGGAAGAAAGAAGCGGAGCACGGGGAAUUUGCUGAGGCUGAAUCGGUUAAAUUAGAAAAAGUUCUUGGAGUCACUGUCAACAGCAACGUAGCCUUAGAUUCAAACAACAAUGGCUCAGUGGCGUAUCCGGCUGGGUGCACGGUGGUACUGUUCAACACCAGGACCGAGCAACAGAACCACAUCAUCAACACUAGCAGGAAGACCGUGACCUCCCUUGCCUACUCACAAUGCGGGAGGUACAUAGUGACAGGGGAGUGCGGGCACUUACCCUCCGUCAGAGUGUGGGACCUGUAUUCGAACGGCCAGUCUGGCAACCCCGGACUGGCGCCCCAGCCCCAACAGGUGGCAGAGUUCAUGGGACACCGUUACGGGGUGAACUGCGUGACAUUCUCACCAAAUGGAAAAUACGUAGUCAGCGUCGGUACCCAACACGACAUGAUAGUCAACGUUUGGGAUUGGAGGAACAACAUCAAAGUGGCCAGCAACAAGAUCAGCACCAAGAUCAAGGCGAUAGCGUUCGCCGAGAACGGCAGUUACUUCGUUACGGUCGGCAACAGGAACGUCAAAUUCUGGUACAUGGAACACGGCAAGUCUAGGUACAAGGAGGCCGUACCCCUCAUGGGCCGACUCGCUAUCCUCGGGGAGCAGCGCAAUCACUAUUUCUGCGACGUGGCCUGUGGAAAGGGCGACUGCGGUGACAGCACCUAUGCCAUAACCCGUUCGGGUCUCCUGUGCGAAUUCAACAACCGCAGAUUGCUCGACAAAUGGGUCGAGUUGAGGACGAACAGCGCGAAUUGCAUAGUCGUCGGCCUGAACUACAUCUUCGUCGGUUGUGCUGAAGGCAUAAUCCGAUGUUUCAACCCCAGCACCCUGGAGUUCAUCACCACACUGCCCCGGCCGCACUAUCUGGGCGUGGACGUCAGUCUGGGCGUCAACAUAACACAUAUGGGAACGGCGCCUCAGGACGCGAAAUAUCCCGAUUGCGUGGCCAUUACGUAUGACGAGACCAACAGCAAAUUGACCGCCAUCUACAAUGACCAUUCGAUCUACGUCUGGCACGUCCUGAACAUCAAGAGGGUGGGCAAAUCGUACUCCUUCCUCUAUCACUCUGCGUGCAUAUGGGGCGUGGAGAUGGCGCCUCCAAACAGCCCACUGCCGCACGGUAGUUUCCUAACAUGUAGUUCUGACGACACGAUCAGGGUGUGGACGCUGGACAAAAUGACCGAGAAUAACUCCAGGGGCAUCUACAGGAAGAACAUAUACAGCAACGAGCUGCUGAAAGUGGUCUACGUGGACAAGGAGCACGCCUACUUGAAGGAUCUGGACGUUUCCCGGUCGAACGGAAACGACAAGGUUCAGCAGGAUAGCUACAACGACGGCAGGAACGGCGUCCGUUGCAUCAGGAUGAGCCCGGACGGCAGAAACGUUGCUUCCGGCGACCGGUCGGGUAACAUCAGAAUUCUGGAUGCUUCAAACAUGGAACAGAUGUACAAGAUUGAGGCGCACGAUGCCGAGGUGCUUUGUUUAGAGUAUUGCGGCAACGAGAACGAGGUCAGCUACAUGGCUAGCGCGAGCAGAGACCGGCUUCUGCACGUCUUUGAUGCCAAGAACUACACCUUCUUGCAAACCUUGGACGAUCACUCUUCAUCCAUCACUGCAGUCAGGUUUAUGACUCAAAACAAAAACCUGCAGAUGGUAUCGUGCAGCGCCGAUAAAAGCAUAAUUUUCCGGGCUCUAAGCGAGGUUAGCGGCAAAACUCAGUUCUCAAGGUAUCACAACGCCACCGGCAAGGCGACGUUGUACGACAUGGAAGUAGACGCCAACCAGAAACACGUUUUGACAGCAUGCCAGGACAGGAACGUGAGAGUGUACAGCGUGAACUCGGGCAAGAAUACCAAAUGUUUCAAGGGCAGCGGCGGAGACGACGGAACGUUGAUAAAGGUAUCCCUGGAUCGGAGCGGCAUAUACGUAGCCACGUCCUGCACGGACAAGUCGCUAUCCAUAUACGAUUACUACUCUGGAGAAUGUAUGGCCACAAUGUGCGGCCAUUCUGAGCUGGCCGCUGGUUUGAGGUUUACCAACGAUUGCAGGAGACUCAUCUCGGCAAGUGGAGACGGGUGCAUAUUCGUGUGGAAGAUACCCCACGACAUGGUGGUCACAAUGCACGCUAGGCUCAGUCAGCAGGCCAUGCGACAAGGCAAAUCGGUGGACGAGUUCUGCGAAGACUACGAGUUCAACGAGAACGCGGCGCAGGACUUCAGUUACAGGUUUAGCGUAGGUAACCUACCGCAGUGGGCUAAGAAACACGUCACAGGAGAUUCUAGUCAGCCGCCUUCGAUGACUAAAAACGUAGCGCAACCUAGAGGCAAGUGGGCACAGAGGGCGGAAAAUGUUUUGCACUCGGACACCUUCGUGCCUAGCGUGCCCCAUAUUAUCACUUCAGACAAGAGGUUCGAUUCAGACGGCUCAAAAGAUAGUUCCCUGGAGAGUACGACCGAGACGAGGAAGGAAAUCAGUGCCUUCAAAGAGAUAUCCAGCAGUAGGACAGUCAUAACCAGCCGCCUUGAAAGCCGUAGGAGAGGUGACACAAUGAGCGAUACCGGUUUCGAGUCAGCAGCCCACGACGCAGACAUAGAUUCUGAUCAUGAUUACAAGAACCUGUACUAUCCCGCACAGGCAGAUUCCCCAAGUGGCAGUGAGUUCACAGUUACCAAUAUAGAUGCAGACGAGUUGAGAAAGUCCCAACGGAAAAAGAAAGAGAAUAAGGUUGCCUUGAAUGUUAAGUUGCCUCAGCCAAACUUUGACAGCAACGAUUCUGAUGAUGAUGAGGAUGAUGCAUCUACACCAAGCGGUGACAACACUGACAGAAACCCAAUGUCCCUAUUCUCGGUUAGCUCAGAGUCCCUGGAUCAAUUGGCUUCCAGGGAGAAAUUCUUCCAGACCACAUUCGAGAGCAUGAGUGGAGCAGAGACAGAAUUGACCCCAAUAGGAAAGACAUCAAUAUCCUCGAAAUUCUUGACCAGAAGUGUUGAGAGGAAUAGCGAUGCUAUCAACGCCGUCAAGCAGGCUAAGACUGAUCCCGAAACAAUGAAGGUCAGACAGGAGCUGCACAAGAGGAUUGCAGAGACCAAAAAGAAAUUGGAGAGUGUGGGUCACUCUACCCCGCUGAGGUACAGCCAGUCCAUCCAUGACCUUUCCCACAUACCAGAGAGGGACAAAUGGCAGACAAACAAACAGCAAGCAAAUUAUUUAGACGAAAGCAGCCCAGACAGCAGCUUGCGAAGAUCUUGUAGUCUCAGCGAUCUUAGUAUGCAAAAAGCGACGAAUUACAAACGCAAAAACGAACCCAUUUCGGGCAAAAAAGCUCCACCUUCACACGUUCCAAGGAAUAAUACUAGAUACGUAAAGAACAAUGCCAUCACUAGAAGCAGGUCCAGUGGAGGUCUUAACCAGUCCGAUUCAGACAAUGAUUCCCAUGACAAGAAGGUGUCCAGGUUGAUGAGACCGACGAUAAGUUCCCAUAACAAGAUCAACAACAAGAAUCUGCAGAACAGGAAAAAACAAUCUUAUUCAACGAAUAAUCUAAAUACUGUUGGUGUGGACAAUAUAUCAACAUCGGAUGAGGAGUUGGAACCAGUUGUGAAACCAGUUGUGCCUCCGAGAAAUAGGCAAGGUAGUUUCGAGAAUGGACAUCCUUCAGUUGUUCCUAGAAGGUUUCUGAACAACAAAGAGAAGAUGCGAGCCAAUAGACAUACCAUUCACUUCGAAAGAUUACCAACUUUAGAAGCUAGUAUGACUAGUGAUGAUUUGAAUUUGACUUCAGAAAAUGCUGACCAGACUCUUGUAGAGCUGUCCAACAACAAGAGUGAAGAAGUCAUUUCCCAGCUGACGGUUGCUGCCAAUAAUGUGGUUGAAUUGUACAAUAGGCUGAACGACUCUGAGAUCACAGGCGAUUCAUCUGGCGACAGCGCCGAUAGGGAGGACGCAGUUCGCAAACUCGAGCUGUCUAUCGUGCGCACGCAUAAAGUGUUGCACGACUGUAUCUUCAAGAAAUUAAAGCAGAACAACGGUAACAUCGACGUCAACCAGACGGACACUGUGAAGAAGUUGAACGAUUUAGUCACCAAAGGCUCUAACAGUCAUAGCUCCAUAGUGACGAUGAUGGAACAGUACUCGGACAUUCUGCUUGACAUGGUGCAACAGAAGAUCCACAACUCAAACAUGUGAUCGCGGAACCUCGAACCGCCAAUUUUUUUACUGUGAUUUUUUGACUGAUCGUCCUCUAGCGUGUGUUAUAAGUUUUAAACGAAUCUCUCUCUCCCCCGUUUACAAGUUACUCCCAUUUUUCGAACGUAAUUUAGUGUUGAAUGUUUGUUAAAGGUGUGUGAUAUAGUUUCAAAAUGAGGCGUUGGAGAUUCAAGCAACAUCUGUGCUUCUGUCAAUAAUAAGCUUUGCCAUUGAAUAUUCUCUAAUCUAUCUUUUGCAAGAGACAUUUGUCGUCUUGUUUAUUCUUAAUCUCUGCAUCUAUGCUGUUUUGAUAAAAUGUCUCUUUCAUAGAUGUGAUUUUACUGCUGCCGUCCUAAUAAUAAGGUUGGUUAUCAAGCAAUAUUGUUCAGAAAUAUAGUAAAUGUGACUAAGAAGGUAUACAGAAGUUUAGUACCCACUUAAGCCAUUUCUAACAUUAUAAAAUAAUUGUAUGUACAUAUUCAAAAAUAAUCUCUUGAAAUUAUUGAAUUUAUCGGAUUACGAAUCCAAUUUACUAACAAUUUAUUCAAAAAGUACCAGUUUUGAUGACUGAUGCACUGUUUCAGCUUAAGCUUAAAAUAAAGUCUAUAGAAUAUUUCAGUAAAGCUUCUAAUUUUGGACAUGAUAAUAAAUCUUUAUAUUUAUAAAUCUCAUAGGUAUUUCACUUCUAUAUACCUCUUAGUUCUGUAAGACAGUCUUUCAACAAUUUUCAGAAAUAAAAAUGGAAAUGUAACCUCUAAAAUAUGAAAAAUUUUUCCUGUCUCCACAUUCACAAACAUCAAAUGUACGCCACUUUAAACUAAUCGCUUUGAAUUAAUGCCAUUGAGGAAUCUUCAACGUUAUGCUAUAGUAUUACAGGUUUUGAAGUAUUUAUUAUUGAGAAUUGGUAGGUGUUGUGUUUUAUAUUUCAUGCAUUUUACACUUAUUAAUCUGUGUUAUUGUAUUGAUUGGUAUAAGUACGAAAGAAUUGUUUACAGAGGCAGUGUAAAAUUUUCAAAUGAAGUCAAUAUAAAUGCGCGAGCCCAACCUUUGAAUUUUCCUCAUAAAAGGUGAAGAAUCGCCAAAUCAUACUAAAUAUUUGAAUUUUCAUUACCUCAAAUUUACUUCGAUAUGUCCCCCUAAUUUUCAUUAGCGAGAUUUUUGUCUUCCUUUACUCUCUUCUUUCUAUUCGAACCUUUUUCCUUCCAUUUCCAUUAUAUGAAAUGUAAUUGAAGAACGUUUUCAAGAGAGUUCAACUGUUUCACACAUCAAAAUGUUGAAAGUUUAAAUUGGCCUCUUAUAAUUGUGAAGAAAAAAUUAAUUGCUGAAAGUGCCAAUACGUGUAAUAAAGUUUUCAGAGAAUUUCAAUCUUAACAUGUUUUCAUGAUAUACUAGAAAUUUUAGCCUCCAGUUUCAGAGCAGGGUUUAUACUUGAAGGAAAUAAAAAUUGGAAUUUCUUCAAGAGUAUCAAUGUGAAAUGUUCAUUGUGCUUUCUUUAUUCAUUUUAAUUAUUUAUAAUGAAUAAUCGUUUUUAAUUGUUGAAGUAUUUUAAAUUGUACUAUAUAAUUUCUUAAAUAAUCCAUUCCAUACUAAUGGCUGUUGAAUAUUAUGUACUGAAAAUGUAGCCAAAUUAGUCGAAUAAUGUCAUAACAAAGGAAUCAGGAAUUGAGGUAUGUUCCGUUUUCUGUAUAUUUUGUGUGUCGGUACCAGAAGUUCUUUUAAGCAAUUUGUAAAAUAUUUUUACAGGUAGGGUCGUCCCUUUAUGAUAUUUGUAAUUUAGACUGUAAUUUCAAAUGUAAUUAUGAAAAUAAAUUAACAAAUUGAUUCAUUUUA